ACUCUGACCAAUCACAUUGAGACAUGUGUCGAGUAGCAAUGGAAUAUAAAUCCACUGUAGGAGAUUGUGACAGUCACAAGAUCUUCACUUAUUACAAAUUUAUAGACGCUAAAGGAGUUAGUGGAAGCUGACAGUCAUCAUGAAAGGUCCUCUUGUUUUACUGUGCUUGGCUGUAGCAGUUUCGUACAUAGAAGCAACUUCCGAUUGUCCAGUUUGUGUUGGUGUGUUAACCAAGUUUCAAGAAUACGCCGGUAAAGAUGUAGAAGACAUGGAAAAGUCGGAAGCUGCUCUCAUAAAGUUUUGCAAGACGUUGAAAGGAAAAGAAGACAGCUUUUGUUAUUACAUUGGUGCUUCAGAGACUUCAGCUACCAGAAUCAUUGGGCAAGUAACCAAACCUUUAUCAUAUGGCAAACCUGUUGAAAAGAUAUGCAAGGACUUAAAAAAGAAGGACACCCAGAUAUGUGAAUUGAAAUACGAAGAGAAGAUUGAUAUCAGCAACAUAGAUUUGUGGACUCUUCCAGUAAAAAAACUUAAAAAGAUCCUAACAGGUUGGGGCGAGCACUGCAAAGGCUGUUUAGAGAAAAGUGACUUGAUUGCUAAAAUCAACCAAGUCAAAGACAGUCACUUAGAACUAUAGAAUCACUGUCAUGACUACCAUCUCUCAUAAUACAAAAUUAUAAUUAUUAUUCAUCAAUUAUAAUGCAGUUCGUUAAAACAACACUUUAAAGCCAUUA